UGUCUCAUUGUUCUGUAGGAGCUCUUUGGGUUUGGCUUACGGAAACAUUGGACACGUGUCGAUUUAGCUGUGUUAUUUUUGCUAGAGAAAUUAAUCUGAAUUCUUUGCGAAAGUCCCAAGAUUUCUCACCACUGCUCUGUAGGGACCGUGACUGCUGGCGUUUGCCAUUUUCUGCCAUGUCAAAGCCCGUCAAAGUUUCCAAACCUGGAACGAUAACUUUUUACCAGUUGGACAAUAACAAAGUCUUUGACACCCCAAAAUUUAUGCAAGGACUCGAAGAAAACUCUCCUGUCAUUUGUCGUUAGCAAGUUAGAUAGCUGGCUACAUUUGAGCAGGUUAUCUACUUAGGAAAAGUGUACACUAGAUAUUUUUUCCAAAACACUUUCUCGGUCACUUGUUCAAGAAAUUUCGCGCCUUUGAUCCGGUAAAGGAGUGGCUCGUGAGUUGAGAUGAUUUUGAGAAAAAUAACUGCGAGAACAUGCAGAGUUUGGCUGUCUAGGGUUGUGUCUGGAUCCAGCCAGGAGAGAUGCUUCUCCUCCUUGGUGCCCGCCCAGCCGGUGCCCCCGCUGGCCCAGACUCUGCAGGGGUACCUACGAGCCCUGGAGCCCCUGAUACCUGAAGAAGAGCUUGUCCACACCCGCAAGAAUAUCCAAAAGUUUUGCGGAGAGGGGGGACUCGGUCCGCAACUUCAAGAGGGACUGGAGAGACGAGCUAGACACUCCAACAAUUGGAUAUCUGACUGGUGGGUGCAGUGGGCGUACCUGGAGAGCAGACAGCCCCUGCCCGUGCAUUCUAACCCGGCCAUCUCCCUGCCCAAGCGGGACUUCUCAGACUGGAGAGGCCAGCUUGUGUUUGCAUCCAAGCUGAUUGCUGCUGCACUCGAUUUCAAAAAUCUAGUAGACAAUGGCCGUUUGCCAGUGGAGUAUAUGCGGGGCCAGCCACUCUGUAUGGAGCUCUUUCCCCUCCUCUUCUCAUCCUGUCGGAUCCCAGGCCGCAAACACGACACUAUCACCCAUCACAGCCGUGCCCGCCACAUCACAGUGGUGAGGAACUACCAGUUCUUUCAGAUGGACGUAUACAAUAGCGAUGGCUCUCGGAUGACAGAGAGCCAGAUCCACGCCCAGCUUCUACGAAUCAGGGCUGAGUCCUGGAAGACUGACAAGGAGCCAAUGGGCAUUCUGACCAGCGAGCACCGCCAGACCUGGGGCCAGGCCUACAGCCGCCUGCUUAAAGAUAAAUUGAACAAGGAGUCAGUGCGAGCAAUUGAGAAGGGACUUUUCACCUUGUGUCUGGACUCUCCAGUCAUGAGGGUCUCAGAUGAUAAGUACUCCAGUCGUAUGGCAGCUCAAAUCCUGCAUGGGGGCGGGACACACUCGAACAGCGGCAAUCGUUGGUUUGACAAAACACUGCAGUUUGUGGUGGGUGAGGAUGGCUCAUGGGGGCUUCUGUAUGAGCAGGCCACGGCUGAAGGUCCACCAAUAGCCACUCUUCUGGAUCACAUUCUACAAUACUGUAAGAAACCGGACCCAAAGAAAACCCCUUUGAUCCCACUUCAGAUGCCCAAGAAGCUUUACUUCAACAUUGACCGUGAGAUUAAGAGAGAUAUCGAGCAUGCCAAGCAAAACCUUGAUAUACUGAUCAACGACCUGGAUAUCCGCUGCUUCAACUUCCAGAGGUUUGGGAAGGAGUUGCCCAAACAGCACAACCUGAGUCCCAACGCCUUCAUCCAGGUGGCACUGCAGCUGGCCUACUACAAAGUUCACAAUGAGGUUUGUGCCUCCUGUGACAUUGCCUCCCAGAGGAUGUUUCGAGGGGGGCGCACAGACUACAUCCGCUCUCCCACCAAUCAAAUGCUCAAGUUUGUGCUUACCUUUGAUGACCCCUCUAUCUCGAGGGAGGCAAAGCUUGAAUUACUCAGAGAGGCCAUAGAGACCUACGUCACUCUCACUGAUCAGGCGCUCAAAGGACAAUCCAUCGACCGCCACCUGCUGGGCUUGAAGCUUCAGGCCAUCGAGGAGGGACUGAGCGUGCCCAGACUGUUUAUGGACACCGCCUAUGGGCUGGCCACCCACUGGAAACUGAGAACAGGACAGGUGCCUGCAAACACGGACAGUGUAAUGUGUUUCGGACCUCUCGUCCCAGACGGAUACGCUGUGUGCUACAACCCCCAGUCGGACCAUGUCCACUUCUCCGUAACAGCCUUCAACUGCUGUGAGGAAACCCAGGCUGAGACACUGGCCGCCACACUGCACAGCACCCUCUGCCAGCUCCAGGAGCUACUGCAGCCUACUGUAUAGUGCUGUGCUAUCUGACACAACAGGAGUGUGUAUUCAUUAGGCAACAAAUAUAAGAAAACCAGCCAUUGUCCAAUAAGAAAUGCUCAUGUUUCUUAACUUUUUCAGUUGUGUGCCCUAAUGAAUAUAAUCCAGGACUUAAAUGAAAAACGUCUGAGGUGCUAAUGCUUUGAUUAAAAAGGAAUAUUUGGCCUUUGUUGUAUGUGCUAGCAUUAGCUUGAUUUGCUGCUAGGUUUAUGUUACUGUUUGUACUUAAGGGCAAUUGAAUAAUAUUGUUAGAACUGUUUUAUGUCCCUACUUUUUAAGGCCAUAGCAGACUACUUGAUAAGCUGCUUUAUUGACCGGCGACGAAAUAGAUUUUACUGUAUGUUAUCUAAUACCACCUGUGUUUUGUAUGCAAUUUGGAAUCUUGUUUGCUGCAAUGCUUUGGCAGUCCAAUGAGAAUGUUGGUCAACCAUCCAGUCUGUCUAUUACUUUUCAUUUUGUGGGCAGAUUCCUGAAAAAAGACCAAAUGUUAACAAACUGCCUGUGUCUGCAUAAAGCUGGAGCUCUGAGUACUGUUGCGCUCUCCCUGGAUGCACAUAAGUUCUGUUUCUUCCUGUGCUUUUGUAAUGCAGUUGAAAGGAAUGAAAUCCUGCAAUUUGGUUCAGCCGAGCUCUAUUCAUGACCCAGCUUGUCCAGUUUUGUUAGUAAACUCAUGUAGGUUCAGCCCUAAUUUAUGUGCUCUCUAUCACCUGGAACUGCAUGGCAAAUUGUCCAGGAACACAAGGAAAGGACAAUAACCAAGGACUAGUCAGCCAUACCCCCUCUGAGGGGAGAAAAUGUACAUCUCUCUUUGAGUAUUCAGAGGACUCACUAUUGAAUGUGUGAUUAAUACCAAACAUGGAUACUAUAGUAUUAUUAUUUUAUCAAACUUCUCUGAGGAUAACUGGUGCUUUCUAUACUGAGCAAAAAUAUAAACGCAACAUGUAAAGUGUUGGUCCCAUGAGCUGAAAUUAAAGAUCCCAGAAAUGUUCCAUAUGCACAAAAGCUUAUUUUGCUCCAAUUUUUGGCACAAAUUUAAUCUAGCCACCUGACAGGUGUGGCUUAUCAAGAAGAUAAUUAAACAGCAUGAUCAUUACACAGGUGCACCUUGUGCUGGGAACAAUAAAAGGCCACUAAUGUGUGCAGUUUUGUCACACAACACAAUGCCACAGAUGUCUCAAGUUUUGAGGGAUCGUUCAAUUGGCAUGCUGACUGCAGGACUGUCCACGAGCUGUUGCCAGAGAAUGUAAUGUUAAUUUCUCUACCAUAAGCCGCCUCAAAUGUUUUUUAAAGAAUUUGGCAGUAAGUCCAACUGGCCUCACAACUGCAAACCACGCGUAACCUCUCCAGCCCAGGACCUCCACAUCUGGCUUCUUCACUUGCAGGAUCGUCUAAGACCAGCCACCCGGACUGCUGAUGAAACUCAAGUAUUUCUGUCUUCAAUAAAGCCCUUUUGUGGGGAAAAACUCCUUCUGAUUGGCAGGUCUUGGUUCCCCAGUGGGUGGGCCUGGCUAGGCCCACCCAUGGCUGCACCCCUGCCCAGUCAUUAGGGCCUAAUGAAUUAAUCCAAUUGUCUGAUUUCCUUAUGUGAACUGUUAACUCACUACAUUCAUUGUUACAUGUUCCAUUUAAAUUUUUGUUCAGUAUAUAUGCUUUGUUAAUGUCAGUAUUGCCUUGUAACUUAAGCGGUAUGCCUUGUGUGUGAAUUCAUUCAUUUUACAAAGUAAUUAAAUACACUUGUAAUUAUAA